AAUCGGUUUAUGUGGCUUCGAUAAUCCAAUGCGUGAUCAGAAAACAGAAGAAUUUAAAAAACACAUUGGCCAGGGUGUCAAAAUUAAAAUGGACGAUGCUGGCAAUAUCUUAAUACGACGUUAUGCCAAAAGUAAUGUUUAUAUCAAAAGUACGGCUAGCAGUCCAAAUGAGGAGACAUCGAUUGGAGCCGAUAUUUUGAAAUUGCCCAAUCAGGCAUUGGAAAGUGAAAAAAUAGUCAAAUUGUUUGAUAUGAAAAAAUUUCAAUCAAAUGUUAAUCGUGAACUGAGACGAGCCUAUCCCGAUCGACGACGUUUGGAGACUCAAUGUCUGUCAGCGGUGGCUUUUGUUAAGUCCGAAAGUGACAUACUGGAAUGCCCCAUAUGGGUACUGAUUGUCAAUGUCGUUGCAAUGGAUAUGCUGAAAAGUAAAUUGCCACCAGUUCAACGACCCUUGGUUGAUAUUAAAAAUCGUCCUAGAAUACCCAUACCCGAUGAGGAUCCUUACAGUGUUGCUGGCAAUGGCAGUGGCGGCAGUUCGGGUAGCUCUGGUUUCGGUGCUAGUGGCAUGGGUAGCAUGAUGUCCGGUCAUAAUGGCCAACUGCAAAUGCACCAACGUGAACAACUACAACAGCAGCAGCAACAACAACAAUCGCAAUCACAAUCUAUGACAAACGGCAAUGGUGGCGGCGUCAGUGGCAAUGGAAAUCUUCUGUUGAAUAAUGGCAGUGUUAUGGCAGGCGGCCUCAAUGGUCAUGGCCCGGCCACUCGAGAACAAUUGCUGUUGCAACAACAAACACAACAAAUGGCACUUAAGCGUAGUGAAAAACCGCCAAAAUUGCCACCAAGAGAUAGUAUAUACGGGACAACACAUGAUAUACCGAAGCCUGACUACGAUGACAUCGAAGUGGAUACUCGUAUUAAAUUGUCACGUGGCAAAUCAGAUAAAGGCAAAGACAAUAAGAAAUAUGAUGAUCCCUACUAUUGUGGCCUGCGUGCACGCGUACCCAAUUUUGUGAAAUCCUCCUCGAAAUCGGCCAAAGAACAUGAACAUCGCAACGGUGUUGUGCCAGCUAGCGCAAUGAACACCUUGACCAACAAUCAAAAGAAGACUUCAAUCAUGAUGCCCAUGCAUCCGGCAAUGCAUGCUCCGGCACCGCCACACAUGCACCCACAUCACAUACAGCAACAACAAAUGAUGGCUGCAGCUGCGGCACAGGCUGUUGCCCAACAACAGCAACAACAACAACAGCACUCACACCCAAUGCAUCAUCAUGCACAUGCACACGCGCAUGCGCAACAAAUGUGGCACACGCGCAGCUAUGAAAGUGGCAUAGAUGCCGAUCUGGUUGAUUCACCCUAUAAUCACAUCUAUGGACGAUUGCCUUUACCCACAAGGGGUUAUAUACCAACACCACGUAGCUUGUAUAUCGGUGAAUGGGAUUGAUAAGUUGGAUGGCGAAACAGCAAUG